AUGGCCACGACAAUCAGCAAGACAUCUUUCGCCAUCACGUUAUAUCGGAUUGCCACCAACGCAUGGAUGAAAUACUUCCUCAUCUUUAUUAUCGUCACUAUCAACGUCUCGAUGAACUUGGUCUGGAUUUUCGGUUUCGCCAAAUGCACGCCGCUCGAGAGGGUAUGGAAUCACAAGGUGCCUGGAACUUGCUGGGACAAGUCAAAGCUUCUCACGUUCCAACUAUUCGCUGCUUAUUACUCCGCGAUUCUCGACUUUGUUCUUGCUUUACUACCUUGGGUUAUCCUGAUGCGCAUGACCAUGCGUCGACGAGAGCGACUCGGCGUCGCUGUCGCUAUGAGUUUGGGUGCUAUCGCCGGAAUUACUGGUAUAGUCAAGGCUGUACUGGUCGUCAGCAUGAAGAGUGAGGACAUCACCUAUGACCGUGUCGACCUCACGAUCUGGACCUUGACGGAGCCUGCCGCUUCCAUCAUGGCCAUAUGCAUUCCAGUUCUGACCAACACAACACCGCGCGACGUCGACACAAGAAACACAGCCGGGGCAUCAAACGCUCGGCAGUCAAAGCGAUACAACCCCAAUUCACGAUAUGGUCGAAAUUCGGUCGUCAUCAUGUCAGGAUGGCAAGAAUCGCAAGAGCAUCUCCAGGACGAUUCUGACGGAAGCCAAAGCCAGACCAAGAUGUCCAUGAGUUCCGGGGGCGUGAUGAAGACUGAAGAAUUUGACAUCAACAUCGUAUACCUUAGACCUUCCAAUUUCGGAUCUGUACUGGGCCUGGUCAAGAAGUCAGUAUCUCAGCUCUCUAAAACGAAAUGGGCUCCGGGCUGCGGAAUUUGA